GCAGCACAGGGGCUGGGGGGCUGGGUGCGGCACACACACACACACACACACACACGGGCGCAGGAGCCGCAGCGCCAUGCCCUGACCAUGGAGAGCAGACUGCGAGAGAGCCCAGAAAGGACUUUCGAUCUUGUCUUCAAGGUGACUUGCCCGACUUCUGAAAAUGAAGACCCCGUGCUUGCCUGGAAAUUCCCAGAGGACUUCAGAGACCAGGAAGUUCUACAGACUGUGCCGAAGUUUUGCUUUCCCUUUGAUGUCGAAAGGGUCUCACAGAGCCAGGUGGGACAACACUUCACUUUUGUGCUGACCGACAUCGAGAGCAGGCAAAGGUUUGGAUUCUGUCGUUUGACAUCAGGAUGUAAAGUCUGCAUUUGUAUCCUCAGUUACUUGCCUUGGUUUGAAGUUUACUAUAAGCUGCUGAACACGUUGGCAGAUCUGCUGGCUAAAGAGCAGGAAAAUGACUUGAAUGAUAUUUUGCAAACAUUAUACAAGCAUGAUGUACCGUUGCCAAAUACGCCCAUCAAUCUCAGCCUGAACGAGCAGGUUUCCAUUAGAAGUGGACAACUGACCAAUGUACAGGUCUUGCAUUCGUACUUUAUCACCCCUGAUACAAGUGGACUACCUACGAUACCUGAAAGUAGAAAUAUGACCGAGUAUUUUGUGGCUGUGAGUGUCAACAACAUGUUGCAACUUUAUGCCAGCAUGCUGCAUGAACGACGGAUUAUCAUUACCUCCAAGAAACUUAGCACUUUAACGGCAUGUGUUCAUGCAUCAGCUGCAAUGAUCUAUCCCAUGUACUGGCAGCAUAUUUACAUCCCAGUGCUUCCAUCCCACCUGCUGGACUAUUGCUGUGCCCCAAUGCCCUAUCUGAUUGGCGUUCAUCUGAGCUUAAUGGAUAAGGUGAAGAGCAAAGCUUUGGAAGAUGUGAUUAUAUUAAACGUGGACUCAAACACACUGGAAACUCCAUUUGAUGACCUGCUCAACCUACCGGGUGAAGUGGUCUAUUCCUUGAAGUACAAACUGAAGAAGCAGUCUACAGCCACAGGCGACGGGGUGGCCAGAGCCUUUCUUAAGGCCCAGGCAGCGUUGUUUGGCUCCUACAGGGAUGCACUACGAUAUAAACCUGGAGAGCCAAUUACAUUUUGUGAAGAGAGUUACGUGGCCCAUCGAUCCAGCACCAUUAAACACUUCCUGCAAAAUGCUGUGCAGCUUCAGCUCUUCAAACAGUUUAUUGAUGGCAGGUUGGAAAAGCUAAAUGCAGGGAAAGGGUUUUCGGAUGUUUUUGAAGAUGAGAUCACUGCUGGAGGCUACAGUGGAGGAAGUUCAAAGUCGUAUCAGCAAUGGAUGUGCACAGUCAAGAAGGGUGGAGCUCUGAUAAAUACAGUAAUGACAAAAGCAAACCCUGCCAUGAAAACAGCCUACAAAUAUGCUAAGAAUCAAGCUAAGAUGGGGAUCAAAGAAAUGAAGAGCAUGUUAAAGCAGAAGGAAGCAAACGAAGAUGAUGACUUUGAUAGCAGCAAGGCUACUUUUCCAAGUCUACAACAGCGAUCGAAUUCUGACAUUUUGAAGAACAGACUUCCAGCCACGAAACGUAAAGGGGGUCGCACUCAAAGAUUAUCACACACCGGCACUGUGUCCACACUGGAUGAUGACGAGACCGACUCGGCAAACAAGUUGUCGUCUGAAGAUAGCGGGGAUACGUACGCCUACAUUGAUGACAGCGAUGAGUCUGAACAGAUGGAAUUGGAGUCACAGUCUCCGGGCCAGAUGGACCUGUUGGGGGAGAUCCUGGACACACUCAGCACCCACAGUUCAGACCAAGGGAAGCUGUGUGCGGCAAAGAGUCUGGACUUCUUCAAAUCCAUGGACGAUGUCAGCUAUAAAACCAGGAACAAGUCCAAUACACCGAGUGAGGGGAACCUGUCUGAGCUCAACAAUCUGAGCUGGCACCUGGGGCAGGACGACACCACAAUCCACCGAAAGCCCCUCCCUCCAUCGCCACGGAAAUCAUUUUUUGACUAUUCCGACAACCCCCUCUCCCCUGAGUUCAUUGAAAAGUUGAUGGAUUUCCCGAAACUCAACAGUGACUCGUCGUUUACAAACUCGCCGCCAACUCGCGCCUCGCACGCAGAAAUGAGCCCGGAGGAGGAAGGUUCGGCCGGGCAGUUGCCAGCACGAACACUAACCAGUGAAGAUCAAGAGCCGUGUCAGAAUGCUCCCAAAAACCCAUCCGUUCUCAUCCCUUGGGAGAAAGACGAUGGCGAGGCUGAACUGGUGGAGCCCGCCAGUGACACAGACCUUCUCCAAGAGAUUGACUGCUUGUGUUCUCGAAUGACAACUGGCCACACCAUUUCCAGUGUCGGGGCUUCCACUACCCACAGCUAGUGUGGAGGGAGGUGGAACCAUGUUUUAAACUGGGCUAGAUUAGAGUAGCUAUUUAAGAAAAUGAAAGAGUGUGUAUUGGACUGCAGUAAGGGACAAAGUCAUUGAACUUUUUAAGUGCAGAAUAAGUUAAAAAUCCACUGCUUUACUGAAUUAUGCAAAGUGAAAUACAGAUUUUCUUGUAGGUUUGAACUUUUAAUACGUAUUUCUCAAAUGACUGUUAAGAUCACCUGAUUAUCGACUUGGGCUAAACACUUGACGACACAUCAUUGCUUAGUGCAUUCACUUCCCUGCUUAUAUAAUCGGUGAUUUACGUAAACUCGUACUUGCGUAGGCAAUUUGUUAUUUCAGAGUUGCUUGUCUUGGUCAUAGUGCACUACUGCCUCUGCAUGCGGCCAUUCUCGUGGUCUCCAUGUUGGAGCUCCCCCCAGUGGUCUCCGUGUCAAGAGCUCCCCCCCCCAGUGGUCUCCACGUUGGAGCUCCCCCCAGUGGUCUCCACGUUGGAGCUCACCCCCAGUGGUCUCCACGUCGGAGCUCCUUCCGUGGUCUCCACGUUGGAGCUU